AAAAAACAGUCCAUUUCAUUCUCAGCGGUCAACAUCCUCCUCUCCAUCACAGCAAUUCUCGGGAAUUCUCUCAUCCUUGUUGCCCUUCACAAGGAGUCAUCCCUCCAUCCGCCAUCCAAACUCUUGUAUCGUUGUCUGGCAACAACUGAUCUGUUAGUUGGUCUUGUUAGCCAGCCUCUUUAUGCUACCUAUUGGAUGUCCGUGGUUCACGAACACUGGAGUCUUUGUCGAUACGCAGAGACAGCAACUCUCGCAACAAGCUAUGUAUUAUGUUCAGUUUCCUUGGCUACGAUGACAGCCAUAAGCGUGGACCGGCUUCUCGCCCUGUUGUUGGGACUGAGAUACAAAGAGAUUGUAACGUUGAGUCGCACGUAUAUCAUUUUAGCUACCGUUUGGGUUGUAUCUCUGGUCACUGGUCUAUUCAGUUAUCUCAAUCACACUAUAACUUCUUGGUACGGCUUUAUAGGUGUGUCAUCUUGCCUAGUUAUCUCCAUUGCCUCGUACACAAAGAUUUUUCGCACUCUCAGUCAUCAUCAGGCUCAAGUACAAGAUCACUUUCAACAACAGCCGAGCCAAGCAAAUGCUAUGAACAUGGCAGGAUACAGAAAGGCACUGUACAGUGCACUGUGGGUGCAGUUAGCUUUAGCUGUCUGUUAUACACCCUAUUUGACAAUGCUCGUUGUGACCUUUUUUAGUAACAGACAUUUCAUCAUACUUAACGGAAUGGCAUUUGUCUUAGCGUUCUUUAACUCUACUUUAAAUCCGUUUCUUUACUGCUGGAAGAUAAGUGAAGUGAGACGAGCAGUAAAGCAGACAAUAAGACAAGCAAUCUGCUAUGCAUAGGGUAGACCUAUUUUAACGUUGGCAUGUACUGUUUCUUCUAUAGCUUAUUUUAAAAACUAUAAACGUUAGGAGAGAAGCGAGGAUAAGCCAUUUCAUGAUGAAAAGAGGAAGGUAAAAUAUGAAGAACUACUUCUAAAUAUAUAUUGUAUUCGAAUAAUCUAGCGAACAAGUAACAGGUGAAAAAUUGUGGUACAUUAGCCAUAACAAAACAAUAACAUGUCUCCAAUCUGUGCAUUUGUAAUUAAAUAGUGAAGGCUAUUAUUUGGAAUAAGAAUGCGUUCAGGAUUUUUCUUUGCGAUCAAAACUUGAUGAGAUAUGUUACCUUAGCUCAGAAAUAUGGUUUAGUGAUAACGUGCUGUUGGCGGAGCCAGUCAUUCGAUUUUGUCAAGAUUGGGAAUUAGCCAUAGUGUUUAAAACUAAUUUUUGUAAAUUAAAGAUGCUGUUUCCUGUGCACUUCAUUAUACUAGCUGAAGCAACAAAAAGGCUAUGUUAUCACUCGAUAAGCUGUCAAAAAAAAAAAAAAAAAAAAGAAAAAGCUGUAAGGCAGAGUACAAGAGACUACUACAGAUAUUUUCUUCGAGUCAGUAGUGGAGCCACUUAUUACGAAAGAGGAAUCGAGAGACAAAUGAAUGUAAUCACCUGCUGUAUACAUAACAGCUUUAAUUGUUAUUACUGUAAUGUUUUACAAUUAAACGAUGACCCAACAAAAAAAUUUGACUAACCUAACUUAAUGGUUUAUAAAGCAUAAAAUAUAAAAAUAUAUAUUUUUUAGCCUUGUGCUUUGCGCCUAUGAAAUGACUGAAUAUUUUUAUUCGGUAGCAAAGCCGUAUUGUAGAAUAAAAAAACGCUGGUAUAGUUUUUUCAAAAACAAAAACGAAACAAAUUUUUGGCGUAAAUAACAUAGUAUUGGUGACCAUAGAUUCAUCCAAAGGAAUUUUUUAAACACACCGAUUGACAUCUGCGCUGCAACCUUUUGUUUCUCAGUCUGCCGUACGUAUGUGAUUAUAAUUCUGACAAUUUCCGAGAUCACAAUAUUGGCAUAAGCACUUCGUCAUCUGUCAAUAGCUUUCAGGGAAGGUUUUCCUUCGUCAAACACUCAUGUAUUCAUCAUUUCUUUGGAAACAAUGGUCAUAGGGAGUGUAAAUUUGUCCCCUUCAAACGAUGCCAUAUCCAAAAUGUCGUUUAUCGAUUUAAUAAACAGAUAACUAAGACAAACACCAUUGUUAGGUUGCAAACUUCCGCCUUGAAGCCAAAGAUUAUUUGCAUACAAAAUUUUUGUCAACAACAUAGACAAAAACAAAAUUCAGGUCUGUACGGAAUUUUAGUUCCAGAUAACCCAUGAAGUGGUGAAUAAAUGACUGUGACUAUAUGAAAAUCAUAUAUGUGAACUGCGGAUAAAGUCGUGAAUAGAAGGGAUCUUCACGAUAAUGAACCGUCGAUCGCCAAUCUGUAGAAAACAAUAUAUCCGACAUAACACACUCGCACACCAAAAGGGGUAACGAGAAACACAAAUAAAAAACAUCUGAACCUCACAUGACAGAAAUAAUUAAAAGGCCUUAAAAAACCCAAACAGAAAAAAACGAUCAGCGAAAAAUAAAAUAAAAAUCCAUUAAAGGAAAGCAAAAGUUAAGAGAAGAAACGACGAAAACAGGGGAAAAAUCACCGGGAAUGAUGAAAUAAGUAGUGCAAAGUAUGAUUUAAGCGCCCAACGUCAGCAUUUGCGUUAUGUGUAUGCGCCGCAUUUUUUUUUUUCCCUGUCUGUUUUGAUUUCGUUGCAUGAUGAGAACAGAAAAACUUUAGAAUCCCUAUUGUUCAUUCUAAUCUUUGGUUUAUUCAGGACAGCCACGCGGACCAUCGAAGCGACCUUUUCACGUUUGACGAGUACCUUCCAUCGUAAGGAAAAGGAAAUGAAUGUUCGGGAUACGAGACGCAAUUCUUCUCCAACAAGUCUACGAACUUGACAAAAAGAAACGUUUCAAAAAUACUGCGUCUCGUGAAUUUAAUCCGGCAUCAUAAUCCUCAAUUGUAGCUGUAGACUGUCUUUUUGAUGUCAUCGGCCAAAUAAUGAAUUUGACGCUUGUGUAGUUAAUUGCUAAUUUAAGAGGAAUUUAAUCGGUGUGCAAUGCUUUUGUUUAAAUAACCAGCUGCAGAAAACAGAGUUUUUCACUAUUCAACACAUAUUCAUAUCACGUCCAAAACUUUUCUCUGAAUCUGAGUGACCCCACUUUACAACUAGAUUUUAAAAACUGAAUAAAGGACUGAAAAAAUUUGAUAUUGGAGGAUGAUUAGCAAACAGAUUCGACCCUUUUUUUAAAUUCAUCUAUUAAGGAAUAGAUGGAGAGAUUAUGGUAACAUCAAAUUUCGUUAAGGAAAAGGAAGCGGCUUCCUGUUCAAAGACUGCUGUAGCACUGAUGUUCGUGUUGUGCUUCAUAUUAGUUUUCUGUUCAGUUUCGGACUGUUCACCACUUAACUUGAAUGCCAAAAAAAAAAUUAAUGAUUAAAAAAAAGAUCUAAAUAGUGCGCAAUUUCGGCAAAUUAUCGAUAAAGAAAAUGGUUUUAAUCGACGCACUUUUGUUCUUACGAAUCAUAUGCCAAUCACGGGACGCACAGCGUUUAAUCCGUUUUGUGAUGAGCAUGGGUUUCUUUUGUGAAUUAGAAACCUCCUUUUAAACAAAAAACCAAAGAUAAUUUGUGUAACUGAAGAGGUAACAGCAGUUAUUUCUCAUAGCAGGCCUUCCAUUUUCUACGCAACAGAUUAUUUGCACGGAUAUCAGUCUACAAGCCUGAACGUAAAACACAUGAUGAUAAAACUGAAGUUUAACAAAAUGAAUGUAAUUAACUUUGAGGAUGCAUUUAACAAUUUUCCAAAUCAGUGUUUUUUGGCCCAAGCAAACCGCAAUUCAAGUGGGACUCAAGGCAAACACUUUCGCUUCAGCUCACCAUCAACGCAACAGCCGUUGCUUGUCCAUGGAUCAUAUUUCUAAACAUGUUAGUGAUCUUAGCAAUCAAGAAAAUAAGAGAGCUACAGAAAAACUCUAAUAUUCUGAUUUCUCAUUAGUAGGCGCAUUUCAAUGCCACUUUCAAUCGCUGUGGAUGCGUUGAUUCUUCGGGAACUGUAUCACGCAGCACAAUCUAUCUGAUGAGUGAAAUCGGUGUCUCUGUACUGAUCACUUUAUGUACUACCUUGCAUCAAUAUUUAUUGCUGAUAGCUUGGGAGGUGUAUGUGGGAAUAGUUAAAUAGACAGAGUACAAAGUAUUAGCAAGAAAAGGACGCGUAAAGAAGUAUACUGUAAUCGCUUGGAUGGAAAGCGUCACAAAAGUGGUUUUAUAUCAAGGAUUAGUUUUCGCUGAAACGUUAACAGUGGUUUAUUUUUAUCACAUGAUUUAUAUCGAAGUGCGGAGGCAAAACAGAUGUCAAAACAGCCCAUUGAAUGCUCUAAAGAUUAAAGCAAAAAUGGAAAGGAAACUUGCCUAAACUGCGUUUCUGCUGUUAAUAGCUGCUUUCGUUUGUAGUGUUCCGAUACUAGUAGUCAUGACCUCGGUAUCAUACUCACCAGUUUUUCGCACGUAUUCGGCUUUGCGAUGGGUAUAUAUCGGGAUUCAAAUAAACUCUCUGGCGAAUCCCACCUUAUAUUUCUAUAGAAACAAACGUUACAGGAAAGCUCUUCUACAACUGAUAGGAUUGGAGAAGAUACAGGAAAUAGAGUGAAUAGAUCCCAAAGGGCGUUGAGCAAGGCGGAACCUUGUCACCGUGGAGCUUGUGGACACCGAAGGAGCUCGAAGCCUAAAACGAUCACAUUCAUUUCCAGAGCAGACUCUUGUUUGCAAAUUUUGGCUUGUGAUCUUUAAGUGUCAUGAAUGCGUCUUUAUCGGCUGUAGUGUCUACUCUGUCGUCGAUUCCCAGUUUCGUCGCGAUGUGCUUGUUUUCUUUAUGGAUUGCUUGUGUUGUCUCAGGCAGUGCUUUCUUGUAGGAUUUCGUGAUGCUGAUCGUUGUAUGUCGAGGGCUCAAGUUUGUAGAGGUUGGUUGUUUUGUCAGCGGCGAUUAGUAGCAUGGGUUAAUUUUUGAUGUGGUCGGUGUCUUCAACGACUAUCUUCAACGACUCAUCGAAAAGACCGAGCAGUUUUUACGUAGAAUGCGCUGGAAAGCCCACUUCUUUCUCAACCCCGACACGGCCUCGCCCUCCAAGGAAACUUACGGCUUCAAAUCAACCAAGAACCCGCCUCCCAUUGAAGAAUUAAAAGAUGCCGAGGACGACAUGCUAAGGAUGAUCCAGUCCGUAAAAUUCAAGCAAGUAAACAGCCCCUUCUUCAAUAAGCUAAAAGAAGACACCGACCACAUCAAAAAUGAACCAUGCUACUAAUCGCCAGUAAGAAAAACCCAGUUGCCAGAGCGGUCACGGAACCGGGCCGACCUCCAAUUCCUAAUGCUUGUUCGGUUGGGAAGAAUUUUGGUCAUAGGGCUGACAAGAGGAGGAGAUGCAAAGUUUGUGCAAUCACUAGAAAUGCAAGAGGGAAACCUAAAACAUACCAAAACUAAAUUUUAAUGUCCUAAAUAUAAAUCACCUUUGUGAGCAUCCAUGCUUUCAAGAGUGGCACACUCUUUCAAGGCUUGCUUGCUUUCUUGAUGUUUUUGUUGGAUUAUGGUAACAGCACCUUCUUUAUAAAGAAAUGAAUUACUUUGGUGUACUUUUGGGUGGAAAAGCCACAGAGAAAGUUAUUUUAGCUAAUUUCCAUACGUCAGCUUCUUCAAUUUUAACUUACAUUUGCACUUUUAAAAAUACAAAGCGUCUUUCAGGAAAUUAUCAUUUUUUUACUUGAAGAAACAUCCAUUGAACUAAAAACUGUGCCAUGCGAACAACUGAUUAAAUAUUCUUUGUAAUUAUGUAAAUUUUUUUUUGUUAAUGCGCAGAACAUCUGGGAAAAAAAAUUGUGUAAAUCAAAAAAAUUAUGAUUUAAUUUGUAUAAAUUACACUAAUUAUGUCAAAUAGAUUAGUUACCAUGGCGACUCAAAAUAGAUAUCUGUAUAUAUCUAUGGCUCAUGAUAUUUUCAAUUGUAUUACUUUCCAACCAUGUAUAACAUGUCUACAUUGCUUUCAAGUGGACUUUUUUAUUAAAGGAAAAAUAUUAUAUCUCUCCAAAAAUUCAGUCUGGAAAGGGUCAAAGACUGCUUAAGGAAAGUGGUAGUAAGAUUUUCGUUAAGUUGCAUUAGUUGGCAUGUUAGUGAUUUGCACAAUCGUUCACGUCAGGUACCGUGUGAUAUAAUGGAUGUCGCAUUUUGCAGGACGUAUUUCACAAUAACUAAUCCUUUACGUUGUGAGUAAUAAUUACUCUAUGAUGCAUCGAUCAAUUCGAAGCUUUAACGACCCCCUACCCUGUGCAACCCAUGGGCAUUGGACCGUCUUCCGUGCCCAAGGGGUGGGGAAUUUGAACCUUGCCUGGCUGAGACGUGAAAUUUGAGCCGCAAGCGUAAAGUCUUUCCAGCGGUAGACAAGUGUUAUACCAUUAAAUUUAAAGAUGUUUAGAGGCAAAGAGUUCAGUUUGGCGACCGAAUGGCUUUGAAGAAAAAGUCUUUUAGGUCUUGGUUUAUAAGCCUCGUCUAUGUGGAUGUGGGGGAAGGGGGGUUAUCGGGGGAAGGAGAUUUUGAAGCUUCGAAGCUUCCAAUUGAUUGACACAUAGGUAACACAAUACACAUUCAAACCGCUAACGUUUAUAAACUACUGCUUGGGAAAGCAAACUCAAAAUGAGGCGAUUUGGUAUGGAAAUCUGCACCACAACCGUGAGUAAGCCUGAAAAUCAGGGUUUACAAUUUCUAUUGAUAGGGUUGCAAAAUCAGGGAAAAAGGCCUUAUUUCAUUCGUUUUUAGCUGGAAAAAUGUUUGUUCAGUUAAGAAAUUCGAUUCUUUAUCAUUUACAGCAAAUGUAGAAGAGCGCACAAUUUGAUUAGAUUUUUUAUUUCCACUCAGACCAGCAAGCACAAAGCAAAAUCAUUUUGUAACCAGCAGUCUCCUCUUCGAGACAGCCGAACAAAUGAAAAUUGGGUAACAUAAUUUAUCAAAGUCAUGGAAAUGGGGAGAUAAAAGUUGACUUGUAUCCCCUUAAUAAGCUCUUUUUCUCCCCUUUAGUGCCAUGUAUUUGUCGCAUCAUUUGUUUCUGUUCCGCCUUUUUAUCAUGUCCACCUUUCAAAUGUUUUACAUCUUGCGAGGUUGAUUCUGUAGAUGUGCUGUGUACGUUGUUGGGCCCGACUUACAUGACUCCGCUGACCACGUGCUAUGCAGGACUCUAUACCUCAAUAAGAAUUGAAAGAGUUAAUAAUCAGUCAAUUAUUUUCGUCUUUAUUCUCCCUAAUAUAAAGGUAAAUCGUUUAUCCUUCAGGAAGAAAGGAACAAAAAGAAUCCAAUCACUUGCUGUAUACAUGACAGCGUGCUUGAAACAAGAACAAGAAAUUUAGGGUAAUUUUGUAUUAUGAGACGAGUUGAUAACCUAAAUUGGCCACUGUAAAGAGUUUAAAAGCUAAAGUUUUGAACGUUAGACCUUGGAAUUGUGGGUUGUGUGUGGGUUCGUAUACAGAAAGUGAAGUUACGCUAUCGGUGGAAAUACGGUGACGAAAAAAACAAUAAUUAAAUAGUUCAAUGGAAAGCGCUUUUUGAUAUCGUGGGGAUUAGGAGCGCCGAUAUGAAAGAUCAAUUUUUGUUCUUCAAUUUUGCUGCUUUCCGAACUGCCUAGAUGUAAGGAAAGACCGUAAACUGACAUACGCUGCUUAUGCAGAUAAAAGUGUCUAGCUAACGACUGGUUUGGAUACCUCCUUGUCAUUUCUUUCUACCAUUACGACUCCAGCCCGGAUUAUUUGUGACUUACUGAAAUGGGUGACACCGCUGGAUUUUUUACCUCGAAGGCUCGGUUUAUUCCUUUGGGCAUUGCUUUCGGUGGCUGCCGAAAACGUGUCGAAUGAUUUCGGUUUUAUUCGUUUCGAAUAAGGUGAGAUAUUUUGGAAGAAGACCAAAGGAACCGCGGAAGGUACUUCAAAAGACUUGGACAAUAGUGUAAUUAAGCUACCUUGCGCGAACAGACUUGUGAUCUUGUAUCCUUUUGUUUACAUUGUCUUGAGAUGAAUGAACUCGAGAUCGAUAAACUGCAAUCAUUUGAAUGGAUUUAGUUUCUAUUCACGAUGUAUUUUUAGCCUUAAUAUGUUUUUAAGAUUAAAGAGCGUCGCAAAAGAUUUAAAAAUGGAUCUUGGACGAGUUGUUGUAAUCACUACGAAGAGCAAAAGCGAAAAUAGUUUAUCAUUUCGAGCGCCGAUCGUUUUGUUUUGAUCCGAAUGAGUGCACUUGAAUUAAACUACUUAUUUAUUAUGUAAAUAUUGCGUGUCAUAAAUAGUGCUCGUGUUCGCGCGCUGGCGGUUCAUUCUUUCACAACUUUCGUCUUGUUCGAAUGAACUUGUUGUGAUCUGACCGUGUUGUUCGAAGGUGUUCUCGGAAUUGGUCACUUAGUCGUCUCCCUUCCAAGAAAGAAGAAGCUUACCUCACUAUUAAUUAGAUACUGAUUUGAAAAAAUGAGACCUCAAGCUUCUUUACCUUUAAUUUUAACUUUAAUAAUCCGGCUGAAUUUACAGUCACAAAAGAAGUGGGUAAAUAGUAUUUGAAAAACUUAAGAUAGAGAUGGGCUAACGACAUAACAUCUUACACCUGUCCCCGUUUCGUUCUUAAGUUCAGACAAGUGUAACACGUAGGAAACAAAAAUUCAAUUAUUUGUGGAAUAGAUUUGCAUCUGUAACCUAUAUUAAUUUUGAAAUUGAAAUUUUUCUCUCAGUUUGCCAAAGGUGAUAACAGUUCAUGGCAUUUCAAUUAAUAAUUCACGCUAUUAUCCGGGUAAGGCAACGAAUCCGAUCCCAACAACACGUCGGCCGACUGUCCAUCGACGAUUUUUUUCUGUUGUGUUGGGAAAUUAACCUAUCACAAGGGCAGUUUUACUUUCCCCUUAUUACUAAUUCAAACUCGCGCAGAAAAACCGGCCAUUUUUUUCUCUUUCCUGUGACAAACCUCAUAGCUUUCGGGCAUUUUUCUUAGUCAGACGCUUCUGAUGAGUUUUCACUCUCUACAAUUGCUAUUCAAAAACUAAGGUUUAACUGGUCUUGACUUGGAAGGUGCUGUUAAGACAAAAUAUUCCUCGUUGUAACUAAGGAUAACCUGCCAAAGAGUGGGAACGAGUAUAGGAUGAUGGCAAGAACAAAUAUAACGGGAAGUGGAACACCGACGAAAACAUUUGAUGGAUCGGAAUGUUCCCCCUUUUGGGUAGGUGAGUUUAAAACACAGUCCAUUUCAUUCUCAGCAGUCAACAUUUUCCUCUCCAUCACAGCUACUCUUGGGAAUUCUCUUAUCCUUGCUGCCCUUCACAAGGAAUCUUCCCUCCAUCCGCCAUCCAAACUCCUGUAUCGUUGCCUGGCAACAACUGAUCUGUUGGUUGGUGUCGUUAACCAUCCUCUCUAUGCUACCUAUUGGAUGUCCGUGGUUCACGAACACUGGAGUCUUUGUCGACACUCAUUUAAGUUAACUGGCGUAACAAGCUAUGCAUUAUGUUCAGUGUCAUUGUUGACACUAACGGCCAUAAGCGUGGACCGACUUCUUGCCAUGUUGUUGGGGUUGAGAUACAAAGAGAUUGUAACUUUGAGGCGCACUUAUAUCAUUUUGGGUAUCGUUUGGGUUGUAUGUCUAAUCACUGGUUUAUUCUUUCAUCUCAAUUACCCUAUAGCCGCUUGGGGCAGCCUUAUAAGUAUAUCAUUUUGCCUAGUUAUCUCAAUCGCCUCGUACGCAACGAUUUUUCGCGCUCUCAGUCAUCAUCAGGCUCAAAUGCAAGAUCAUGUUCAAGAACAGUCAAGCCAACCAAAUGUACCAAACAUGGCGCGAUACAGAAAGGCAGUGCACAGUGCACUGUGGGUGCAGUUAGCUUUAGUUGUCUGUUAUGUACCCUAUUUUACGGUGGAAAUUGUGAUCUCUCAUAGUAAAGAGCGAUAUCGGAAUGGCAUCACAAUUCAAGGGAUGGCAGCUGUCUUAGUGUUCUUUAACUCUACUUUAAACCCGUUCCUUUACUGCUGGAAGAUAAGUGAGGUGAGACGAGCAGCGAAGCAGACAAUCAGACAAGCAAUUUGCCAUGCACAUAUAGAGGUAGACCGAUUUAAACGUUGACAUAUUAUUUGAAAAAUUAUAAUUGUUAGGAGACAGGGAAAUUUAUGCCAUAUCAUGAUAAAAAGAGUAAAAAUAUGAAGAGCGACUUCUGAAUAGUAUAUUGUAUUCGAAUAAUCUAACGAGCAACUAACAAAUAAAAAAAUAUAGUUUGGUGGCCAUAACAAAACAAUAACAUGUCUCUAAUUUGCGCAUUUGUAAUGAGUAGUGAAGCCUAUUAUUUUGGAAUCAGAAUGCGCUCAGGAUUUUUCUUUGCGCUCAAAACUUGAUGAAAUAUGUCACCUGAGCUCAGAAAUAUGGUUUAGAAAUAACGUACUGUUAACGGAGCCAGCCGCUCGUUUUUGUCAUCAUUGGGAAUUAGCCCUAGUGUUUAUAACGAAACUUUCUAAAUUAAAGAUGCGGACUUUGUUAACAUCUAUGCAAAUACACAGAACGAAAUGCUUAGAAAAGAAGUUGAUCAUCUCUAUUUCAUAAGAAGUUUUAGUUUAAGACCGACCGUUUGCCUAAGUUAAGCUCGCAAAUUAUAACAGGAGAAAAUUAUUAUAAGAAAUUAUAAAAAAAACUCUGACAUAGUUGAUGAGACUAGCUGCUUUUAAGUAUGUUUCUGGCAUCAAUUAAAAAAUUAUAUCGAUAGCAAUGCUACAGUUCUCAAAAGCCUAUCCAUAGAUUCUUUGUGCAAAUUUAAAAGCACUUUUUUACGAAUUUGACUGAAUAUUUAAGAUGUCGUGGCGCUAUGACAGGGCAUUUAAAUACAGCUGGUCUUGUGUUAAACAUUCUCUCGUUUUAAUGCCGAUCGAAAGCAAAAGCUGAUAACACGCGCUCAAGAAAACUCAAGAUAGCUUGUUGUUAUAUUAAGAAGGAUCGUUAAUCACCUCAAGAUCACCGUCAUGAAAUAUCACCUAUUCGUCUACCCUAGCUAUAGUUUCUAACUAUCGAUGAAAGUUAUGUCUCUUUCAAUGUGAAAGAGCAAUAACACAAACGAAUUGAUGUUUACUCGGUAAGUUUACCAAACCAUAACAAUUUUACUACCAUUGGCAGUAAUGUCGCAAUCUGAUUGGCCAAUUUGCCGUUGUCGAAAAGAGUACAGACAACGCUUCUCGCAUCAACGUGUCAUGAUCUUGAUCACGCACUGAAAGGAUCGUUUAAUUUCACAUGGAUAUUGUGGUUAAAAAAAAGUCGACAGUGGUUUAUCGUGGUCUAUACUCUUAUUGACAACAGUAUUCUUCAUCGCAGUGAUCAAAAUUUGUUGCGGAAUCACUCGGCUUCACAGACUACGGUCGAUUUGAUAAAUGGAGGGUUUUCGCCAACAGCACUGUUUACCCCUGAAACAUAAUCUUAUGUUCUACAUAGCUGAAGAUGAUUUUCAGAGAAAGAAUUGUUCCAUGAGAAGGAGAAUUUGUAUUGUUAAUGGUUUUUAAGUAAACUGUUUACUGCUAGAUCUAUUUUCAGACUUUUUAGGGCAUAAAGGCAGAGUACAAGGCAUGCAGUUUGAUCGGUAGAGAGAUCGUCAUUAUCUCAAAGUUCUAGUCAUGUAAGACAUGUAGAAACUCAAACAUUUUUAGGGGUAACUAUGCAUCUGUAACCAUAAAUUAAUUUUGAAUAGGUUUGUGUAAUCUAGUUUUCUAUUUUUCCCAAUACCGAUUAACCUUUUUAAAAAAGGACUUUUACCUUCAACUAAGAUAAUUCAUAACGUCCUUAGUUUGCGUAUGUCAUAUUAAAAGUCGACAAACCACCUUAUGAAUAAAAUAUUACUUGAGUAAACAGAGUUUUUUGUUGUCGAACUGUGAAAUAAUUCUAUCAUAAAUGCAAAUUUCCUUGCCGCUUAUUGCUAAUUUAAAUUUGAAGAAAAACCUGGCCUUAAUUAUAUUUUUUCGUGUGACACACCAGACGGCUUGUUUGGGCAUUUUGCAUAGUCAAACACUACUAAUAAAGUUUUUAUGUAGUUUUCAAUUACAAGGUGAGGUUUGACUGAUUUUGACUUCGCUGCUGCUGUUAAGACCUAAUAUUUCUGGUUGUCACCAUGGAUAAUCUGCAAAAGAAAUGGAAACAGCAAAAAAAUUGUUUCCUAUUGCCUUUUGGAUACUUCUGGUGUCGCUGGUUUAUUCUACAUUUAGGCUAUACCGACUAGAUAUGUGGCACGGUCUUAUAACUAUACGGCCUCACCAUGUUACCUAUUGGAUCUCAAUGGUUCACGAACACUGGAGUCUUUGCCGAUAUUCAUUUUACGCAACCGGCGUAACAGGCUAUGUGAUAUAUUCAGUGUCUGUCGUCGCUGACGGCCAUGAGCGUGGACCGUGCAUAGCAGCUUUAACUGUUAACUCGGUAAUGUUUUGAAAUCAAAUAAUGACUCGACAAAAAAUUUAACUUACCUUACCUAAUGGUUUAUUAAGCAAACAAUGUAGAAAGGUUUCUGCAGCUUUAUGCUUUGCGCCUAUGAAAUGAUUGAACAUUUUAUAUUCGGUGGCAAAGCCGUAUUGUAGAAAAAAAGGCUAGAGCAGUUUUUCAAAAAAACUAAAAAAAACCUAGGCUAAAGAACACGGUAUUUGUGAACAUAGACUCAUCCGAAGAAAAUUUCAAAUUACUUUCUCACCGAUUGAAAUCUGCGUCGCAACCUUUUUGGUUCUUAGUCUGCCCUACGUAUGUGAUCAUAAUUCCGUCUGACAAGUCCCGCAAUGACAGCAUUGGCGUAAGCAUUUCGUCAUCUGUCAAUUGCGAAUGUUUUUGAGAUGUAAAACACUGAUUUUUUCACAAUCUAUUUUGAAACAAUUGUCACAGAGUGUAUAAAUUUGUCCCCGUUAUACGAUGUUAUACCAAAAUGACGUUUGCCAAUUUGACGGACGCAGUGAAGCGCUCUGCAAAUUUCACAAAAUUUAUCGUUAGUUUCUGAAUUGUGAGUCCCUAUUUAACAUGGGAGACAAUGUGAAGUCUUUAAGAAAAGCCAUCGAUAACCUUAAGAGGCAGUUGCAAGAUUUAACGACAGAUUUCCAAACUUUCAAGAAUAAGAUGGCGGAAAAUAAUGACGCCACGAGAGCAUCUUUCAUCUGAAAAUGAUGUUCAAUACCUCAGUGAUGGUUACGAUGCUCUUGUGCAGUCCAAAACGAAUAUGGUAGAAGAUUUAGAAAAUCUAUCCUUGCGAUUGGUUAUAUUGACGUAGAAUGUCACAGGGAUCGACAAAGCCAUCGACGAAAUGCUGUUCUACAGUUACCAAUAUAGUAUAAAAAUUGUCGGUGUCCCACACAUUAGUGAGAAUGAAUUAAUCUUCCGAAGAGACUGUAUAAUUAUGUAUCAAGUUAUUCUUGGUCUUGGGGGCCGAAAUACCAAUCUCUGACAUAGACAUAGCACACAGGGUCCCUCAACGAAACAACACGAGCAGCAAUGACCGCCGAAGACCUAAUCCAAUCAUUUGCAAAUUCACGAGAAGGAUGACUCGUGAAAAAGUCUCAGCCGCGAAGAGCAAUACCAGUACUCUAACAGUAGAUGAUUAGGGUCUGCCCGCAGGGCAACCGUUGACCGUAUUGCGAUUUACAGCCGCUUAGCAUCCAAGUCACAGGAGUUGCUGUAUGCCGCAAAAGUCCACUAGAAGUCAUUCAAUUACAAGUGGUGCUGGGCGGAGGGGGCGGCUGUAUAUCUUUACAAGACAGAUACAUUUGCAUCACUCCUGCUGAGAUCAACAAAUGAUUUGACAAACCUAAGAGCACGUGAAUCUUCUCCAUCUGGCCAUCAAUCCAGCGAUACCUGAAGCUUGAUCUGUAAACAACUCAUUCUAAGCAGCUAAGUGCACUUUUAGUUAAUUUAGUCCUCGUAAUAUUGUUAUUCCUAUAAUAUGGAAGGUACGAGUAAAGACGCUGAUAAAUCUAGAAGAUCUUUAUUGAAGGAACUGCCAUAUUUUAGCUCCAGAGAUUUAUCUAUGAUCCACCGACGAUUUAACAAUUCUUUCGUGAUUCCCUAAAAAAUUAUGAGAGAUUUGGACAAGUUGUCGAGUAUUUAUGACCUGGAUUUGUUUACUCUUAACACCAAUAUAGAUCAUAAUUUUUCUCCCGUGGGACAGUCUCACAUGCGAAUACACAGCCGAUAUUUUCCCCGCAUGGUUUUAGGGAAAUGAAAACCAAGCAAUUGGAAGAUGAAAUCAAGACAAGUUUUUCUGUUUUUUACAGCAAUGUAGUUCGUUUAAACCGGCACUUCAUUUUUGCAUGAGCUUGAGUUUCGCUUUAAUGUUAUUGGUGCCACUGAGACAAAAAUUAUCAAUUUCAAUUUUUACACAUGCAAUGCAAAUAUUCCAGGCUAUGUUUUCCAAUGUGCUCCCACUUCUCUAGAGUGUUGGGUUGUUCAUUGACGAGACAUUAAGCUAUUGUGUUUCAGAAAAGAUCUCGAAUGAAGCCUUUUAGUUGCUGUGGAUUGAGAUUUCUUUUAUCAAAAAGAAAAGCGUUAUUUGCUGCAUCUUAUACAGGCAGCAUAAUUCACCUAAACGCUUUCAGCAAUAUUUUGAUGAAACAAUUGAAAAUUUGACUUCUUCGGGAAAACACGUUGUAAUCAUGGGUGAUUUCAGCAUACAUCUUCUUAAAUGAGACACGUCCUCUUAUAGCCAUGACUUUAUGUCUUCUCUUCAAAGCUGUUAUCUAAUCUCCACAAUUGACAAACCAGCCCGGGCUCGUAGCUCUUCUGCUACUCUUAUCGAUGAUAUCUUUAUUAACAAUCCUGACCAAGUUGUGACCUGCGGAAACAUAGUAUCGGAUAUUAGUGAUCAUUUCUCGCAACCAUUUAAAAUUUUUUGACUCUAACUUGACUAAUAUGAGAAAAACGUGGGGAUGAAUUAAUAGCAUACUUGCACGCAAAUCAAAGAAAAGUAAAUCCAUCACUUCCAUUAAAGAUCCUUCGGAUUCUGACAAAGUUAUCAGAGACCCUAUCAGUAUAGCUAAUGUUCUCAACAAACAUUUUGCCUCUGUUGAACCAACUCUAGCAAAUAACCUGCCACCCGCUAAGCGCCAUUAUGUUGACUUUCUUAAGUGAACUAAAUCAACUGAUUCGUCGUUCGCUUUUAACUUAGUUACUUGGAAUUUCUUGCAUACCAAAAAAUAAAUCUCAUGGCUUAUACUCUUGUAAGACACAGAUAUUAAAGUGCUCUUUAAAUCUUAUAAGUGGCAUUCUGGCGGAUAUUCUAAAUACAUCUAUUUCAACUGGAGUUCAUCACUCUUACUAACAUUGAAGCUAAAAAUGGCAAAGAUUAUUCCGAUUUUCAAACAAGAUGAUGAUACAACGUUAACAAUUAUAGGCCGAUCGCUCUGCUUUCUAAUUUCAACGGGAUCUUUAAAAAAAUAUUGUUUGAAAGAAUUGAGUCUUUUAUUGAACAGAAGAAUCUGCUCACUCCAUCCCAAUAUGGCUUUCGCAAGGCACAUUCUACUCAGCAUGCAGCCCAGAUAUUGUGAAUGCAAUACAGACAAAUAUGAACAACCGUUUAUUCUCAUGUGGGAUUUUCAUUGAUCUGAAAAAGGCUUUUGACACUGUAGAUCACGAAAUUCUUUAGCGCAAGUUAGAUCACUAUGGUUUUCGCGGCAUUAUAAACAUCUGGUUUUCUUCCUACUUGCAAGGGCGAACUCAAACAACUCAAAUUGGUCCUCAUAUUUCUGAAAGGUUAGAUUCUACCUGUAGAGUGCCUCAGGGUUCUGUUCUAGGCCCACUGCUUUUUUUGCUAUAUAUGAAUGACAUACAGGAAUCAUCAGAUAAGCUUAGUUUUUACCUUUUUGCGGAUGAUACAAAUAUCCUUUUUGCUAAUAAAAAUCUGAAAUCGUUUGAAUUCGACGUAAAUCACAAACUUAACAAAGUAUAUGAUGGGUUAAUUGCAAACAAAUUGACCUUGAAUAUUAAAAAAAGUAAUUUCGUAAUACUUUGCCCUGCCCAAAGGAAACUUUCUUAUCAACCUAAAAUCGUGAUGUUUGAUAACAAACAGAACAUGAAGGUGGCUCCGGAGCAUAAAGAUUAUGUCAAAUACCUCAGGAUUUUAAUUGAUAAAAAUUUGUCUUGGAAACACCAUAUUGACCAUAUAAUCAAUAAAGUAAGCUGAACCGUAGGAUUAAUCGCAAAAUUACGACACUUUCUGCCAACGCAUAUCCUCUAAAAUAUAUAUAUACCGACGCAUACCCUCUUAAAUAAAUAUAUACCAAGUUCUUAUAGCCCCUUACUUAAAAUACGUUCUGACAGUAUGGGGCCAGGCUUGUAAAUCGUACCUUGACAAGCUCCCAAAGUUGCAGAAAUGAGGUCUUUGCUUUAUCUACUUUUCUGAUCAUAAUGAGCAUGCAAUUCCUUAAUUUGUUGACGCUCAUAUCUUACCGCUAAAAUUUGUUCAUUAUGAAUCUAUAGCUAAUUUGAUGUUUGACGUUCGAAACAGAACAGCUCCAUCCAAUAUUCAAGAUCUAUUUCAAGAUAUAUCUAAUGUUCAUUCUUACAAUACACAUUCUUCUGCCUCUAAUAACUUCUAUACCAAACCUUCUAGAUUAUCCGUUUAAGCGAAUUCCUUCUCUCGAAUAGGAGUUAAAGUGUGGAAUGCAAUACCUCAAGCAUUAAGAAAUCUUUUCCGCUUGAAAUAAUUUAAUUUCGAAAGCUUGCAUUUCUCUUCAGUAAAAAUACUUCGUGAAUAAAAUUAAUUUUCACCAUGUGCUAAACCUUCAAAUGGAUUAAGCUUUUGGUGGUUGAAUUUCGAAACGAUGUUCUCAAUAUUACUGUAAAAAUUUGUUUGGGCAAAUCAUCGAGAGCGAUACAAAAGCUUUUCAAAGUCCGUUAAAAUGCAGUUAUUUGACCUUUUGCGGUCAACAUUCCAGUCGCGAGUCACACACAUUUUAAUAUGUUUCAACCCAUAUGAGGCCGAAAAAUGUACAUAGAAAGAUAAUUCCAAAUGCUCUAACCUCAUUUGCCGCAGAAGACUGAUCCAGAGACCAUUUUAGUGUGAUUCUCUUGUCGUUCGCCGUAUUUAGGUCUGUAUAAGUGAUAACGUCCGAUGAAACCACCAACCCUGUCGAACACCAUCUUGUUGUCAAACGUUCGAUAUCUUUCUUCACUGUGGCAUCUUAUUCAACGGUUCAGUUGACUGCGAGUAUUGCUCAGUUUACAAUGCACUAAAAAAUUACAUCUGACAGUCUCAUUCAAUGCUAAACUGAGUUGAAUACAAACAUGUACGCUCUUUGAGUAUUUGGGUUGUCACGCAAUACCGGUGACAAAGGAACUUUAGGGGGUAGGUGAAGGGCAUAACUCCAUAUAAUUAAGCACUAUCGGAAUAGAACUCUUGGAACCUACAAAUUAUUUUAUUCUGUAAACAUUUUUGUAAUAGUGUCAUCUUUGUCUGGCGACAAACAGUAAAAUACAUUUAUUAAUUACAGGGAAUUAUUCUUGUUUUUUUGGCGCUCUGUGCUUGUCGUACUUAUUAGGGGUGUUUUUCUUUCCACUAAAAUUGCAAGGAAUACCCUAAUAGCAUGAAAGAGAACCUUUUGUACAUUUUUAUAACACCAUGCUACAAAACGCAGUGGUGGGGAUGUGUGGCUUAUGUGAGGCUGGGGUGCUAUGCUCCGUGGCCAAUGUGUGGGGAUUGCAUAAGGGAGUAUUAUUAUUAACCGCAACAGAGGGGCCGACAUAUGUGCGCUCGGCACAAAAUAAGGUCGAUCUCAUCUUCAGGACCGGUAAAUUUGAAAGCCGACUCAUGACUUGCGAUAUUCUUGGUGCAUGAAAGUAAAGAAACAAUUUCCGUUUCACGCAUUUGAUCUCUAGUGCUGUAACCAAAAACUCCGCCAAUAAGCAACUUAAACGAACAACAACCUUUCAUUUUUUAUGUAACAAAGUUGACUGUGUAAGUUAGUGUAUUUGUGAAAAACAAAGUCCGAAGUCCCGCCUCAAAGCGAACAAUUGGCAUCGUGUAAUUACCAUAAACCAGGUUUUGUUUACUUAGGCUUACUAUUUUUAGCAGGUACUAAAUUUAGCUUUCCAACGAGUAUUGGCCAAAGGCCCGAUCUCCGCGACUUACAUGUAAGAGAUUUCGAUGUUCACAACAACAAAAAAGCUUAGCAGCAGAGUGACGUCUUUUUACUUUCCACUUCCCCUACCCCCUAAAAAAUAACUUUCCAUUGUAUGAUUUGCAUUGCGUGACGACUCUCCGUAUACAAAACUACGUUGGCUGCAACGUGUAGUGCAAUGUGUAAUGCCACUUUUAAAAGCAUCGAUCAGAUCUACUGCACCACAAACCGAACAACACUCACAGUCAACUGAACCGCUGGAUAAGAUGCCACAGUGCAGAAAGGUGUUAAACGUGUUACAACGGUUGGUGACAGUUUGCAGGUUGACAGGCAGUUUCAUCGGAUGUUAUAAAUACGACGAGCGACAAGAUAACCAAAGUAAAAUAGUCUUUGGAUCUCUCUUCUACGGCAAAUGAGGUUAGAGCAUUUGGAAAUAUGUACCCAUUUACAUUUUCAGGCCUCAUAUGGGUUGAAUCAUAUUAAAGUGGGUGUGUGACUCGCAACUGGAAUGUUGAUCGCGAAAGGUCAAAUAACUGCAUUUUAACGGACUUUAAAAAGCUUUCGUAUCGCUCUCAAUCAUUUGCCCAAAGAAAUUUUCAUAGUAAUAUUGAGAACAUCUUUUCGUAAUUCUACCGCCCAAAGCUUAAUCCAUUUGAAGGUUUAGCACAUGCUGAAAAUUAACUUUACUCACAAAGUACUUUUACUGAAGAGAAAUGUAUGCUUCCGAAAUUAACUUAUUUUACACGCAAAGAGAACGCAGUGUUUACAAAAAUCGUUUUGUGAGGUCUUAUGAGGUUGAAAAAGAAGAUUUGAGUGUUAAAAAGACGAGAUUGUGAUUCGUUUUUGAAUGCGAAGCCCUCAAACUUGUGCAAUAAUUUGCAGCUAAAAAUGACGAUUUUAACGGAAUUUUUUUAUUUGUAUUUUUCUCUGAAAUAAAAAGGCAUUUUGCCAAAAAAAGUAUCCAGUAAUUUUAGUUAUAGUCUAGCCUAUCUAAUAUUAAAAUAAGAGAGAAAUCGAAUUUUUCACCCUUGCCGCGAAAUUUAGAAUUUGUCUGAUUUUUACAGACAAGCGCUCUUAAAAAUAUUCCUUUAUUUACUUUUUCUUGUUGAGUCAUGAGCUAAGCAAGGCAAGCCAAGCUGAAACUGAACUUUUGAUAGAAUAUGAUGAAUUGAUAUAGAGUGUCCCAGACUGUUAGCAUGUCUCUAUAAGCAGAGUUCAUAUUUAGCUACUGUUGUUAUCACUAGCCUUUUCCAGGCGUUCAUUUAGUAAAACGGAGCGAAGUGGUACACGAUACGAUGGUAGCGGUGGAGUGAUAAAACGGGGGAGUUUUGUCUCGGUUUGGGUCGGGUCAGGUGAACGCCCCUGUUUACCCCACUAGACCCAAGCCUAACUCUUUUUUCGGUUCGCCCUGAGUAUCGCGCCCUCUACUGAGCACCUCGUUUUACUCGCUGUACGCCUCAAACAGGCUGUGUUAUCACUCGAUAAGCUGUCAAAAAAGGGGCUCUUAUGCAGAAUACAAGAGACUGCUACACAUAUUUUCUUCGAGUCAGCAGUGGAGCCGCUUAUUACGAAAGAGGAAUCGAGACACAAAAUAAAUGUAAUCACCUCUCGCAUACAUAACAACUUAAAUUGUUACAACGGAAAUGUUCUACAAUCAAUUAAUGACUCAACAAAAAAAAUUAAAAGUUUAUCUUAAUAAAUGGUUUAUUAAGCAAACAAUGUAAAAAGGUUUCUGUAGCUGUAUGCUUUGCGCCUAUGACCGUAUUGUAGAAAAAAAAAGCUCUUACAAGUGUAGUUUUUCAAAAUAACUAAAACAAAACCUUGGCUGAAAUAACAUGGUAUUGGUGAUCAUAGGCUCAUCCAACUGCUUCCUGACCAAGUAACAUCUGCGCUGCAAUCUUUUUGCUUUUUCGAGUGUUCCGUACGCAUGUGAUCAUGAUUCUGGUAUGUCCCGAUAUCACAGCAUUAACAUAAGCACUUCAUCAUGUGUCAAUAGCUUUCAGUAAAGGUUUUCCUUAUCAAACACUGAUGUUUUCACAUUUUUUUUUUUGAAACAAUGGUCACAGAGAAUAUAAAUUUGUCCCCUUUAUAUGGUGCCAUAUCCAAAAUGUCGUUUAGUUUAUCAAUUAAAAGUAGGAAACUUCCGCCUUAAAACCAGACAUAAUUUGCAUUCACAAUGUCUCCCGUUAGAGGAGCAUUGAAUUAUUUAUGAUCUUUUGACCAACAUUUCCACCCUUUAAAAUGAGCGACACGUAGAGACCAAAAAUUUUAAUAUUUCUAGAGCAACUUUGCAUCCCUAAUCGACACAGAUUUUGAGAUUGGACUUUUUCUCUAAGUUUUCCUAAGCUGGUAACGAUUCGUGGCGUCCCAAGAUGUCGGCCGAUGCAUUGAACAAGGUGUCGGCCAACGGCAAUCGAUCGACUAAAGACCAACUGUCGGUCGACUUUCGAUAUCCUAUCACUGAAUGUUCAUUUGAGUAAAGAAGUUUUUUGUUUUUUUUUAUUUAUUUUAUUUUUUUUAUCACAAAUGUAGGUUUACUUUCCCCUUAAUACAAUUUUUUUUUUCAUGUGACAAACCUCACAGCUUUCGGACAUUUUACAAAGUCAGAAGCUAGUGAUGAAUUUUUACUCUGUGAUUGUUAUUCAAAAAUUAAGGUUUAACAGGCCUUGACUUAAAGGGUGCUGUUAAGACGAAAUAUUCCUCGUUUUAACUAAGAAUAACCAGCAAGAGAGUGGAAACGACGGCAGGAUGAUGGCGACAACAAAUCUAACGGAAAGGGAAACACAUACGCAAGCAUUUGCAGAAUCGCUAUGUUCCCCAGUUUGGGUGGGUGAGUUUAAACAACAAUCACUUUCAUUCUCAGCAGUCAACAUUCUCCUCUCCAUCACAGCAACUCCUGGGAAUUCUCUUAUCCUUGUUGCCCUUCACAAGGAAUCUUCCCUCCAUCCGCCAUCCAAACUCUUAUAUCGUUGUCUAGCAACCACAGAUCUGUUGGUUGGUCUUGUUAUCCAGCCUCUCUUUGCAACUUACUGGAUGUCCUUGGUUAAAGAUUACUGGAGUCUUUGUCGAUACGCGAGGGACGUAGGCUACAUAGCAGGCUUUACAUUGUGUGGAGUUUCUCUCUUUACAAUGGCGGCCAUAAGCGUGGACCGACUUCUCGCCAUGUUGUUGGGACAGAGAUACAAAGAGAUUGUAACUUUGAGGCACACGUAUAUCAUGUUAGCUAUCGUUUGGGUUGUAUGUCUAGUCGCUGGUUUAUUCACUCAUCUCAAUUACCGUAUAGCCCUUUGGUGCAGCCUUAUAUAUACACCAUCUUGCCUGUUGAUUUCAAUCGCCUCCUACACAAAGAUUUUCCGCGCUCUCAAUCAUCAUCAGGCUCAAAUACAAGGCUAUGUUCAACAACAGCCGAGCCAACCGAAUGCACUGAGCAUUGCGCAAUACAGAAAGGCAGUCUACAAUGCACUGUGGGUGCAGUUAGCUUUAGUUGUCUGUUAUGUACCACUUUUUACAGUGAAAAUUGUAAUCUUUUUUAGUUCAAAGAGAUUUUCGAAUUUGUUCUUAAUCUACGGAAUGCCAAUUGUCCUAAUGUUCUUUAACUCCACUUUAAACCCGUUCCUUUACUGCUGGAAGAUAAGUGAAGUGAAACGAGCAGUAAAGCAGACAAUCAGACAAGCAAUCUGCUAUGUCGAGAGGUAG